AUGCCUGAUCAAGACACAAAGGUGAAGAACACAGAGAAAGCAGCCGAGAAGAAGCAACAAGGAACCACCACCAGGGACUAUUCAGAUCUUAAAAGACUUCGGUGCCUGUUGAACGUUCAGUCAAGCAAACAGCAGCUUCCAGCUAUUAACUUUGACAGUUCCCAAAAUAACAUGACAAAGCCUGAGCCCGCCAUCAGGAUGGGGGGACCCAGAGCUCGCGGUCAAUGGCAUGAGUCCACAGAAGCAGUUGAACUUGAAAAUUUUAGUAUAAAUUACAAGAAUGAAAGGAAUUUCAGCAAACAUCCACAGCAUCAGUUAUUUCAGGAGAUCUUUACGGCUCUGGUGAGAAACAGACUCAUAUGCAGAGAGUGGGUGAAUCGAGCUCCAUCCAUUCAUUUUUUGAGAGUGUUAAUUUGUCUGAGGCUGCUAAUGCGGGAUCCAUGUUAUCAGGAAAUACUCCAUAAAUUGGGUGGUAUUGAAGACCUUGCUCAGUACAUGGAGAUCGUGACCAACGAGUACCUGGGCUACGCUGAGGAGCAGCACUGUGUGGACAAGCUGGUCAACAUGACAUAUAUUUUUCAAAAACUUGCUGCUGUGAAAGACCAAAGAGAAUGGGUCACUGCAAGUGGAGCCCACAAGACAUUAGUGAAUUUACUUGGUGCCCGAGACACCAAUGUCCUGUUGGGUACUCUUCUGGCACUGGCUAGCUUAGCAGAGAGUCCAGAGUGUAGGGAGAAGAUCAGUGAACUCAACGUAGUAGAAAAUCUGUUGAUGAUUCUACAUGAAUAUGACUUACUCUCCAAAAGACUCACUGCUGAGCUCCUGCGCCUGCUUUGUGCUGAGCCCCAGGUGAAGGAGCAGGUAAAACUCUACGAGGGGAUCCCCAUCCUGCUCAGUCUGCUCCAUUCUGACCACUUGAAGCUGCUGUGGAGUGUGGUCUGGAUUCUGGUCCAGGUGUGUGAGGACCCAGAGACCAGUGUAGAAAUCCGUAUCUGGGGUGGCAUCAAGCAGCUCCUUCAUAUUUUACAAGGAGACAGACAUUUUGUCUCUGACCGUUCCUCCAUCGGAAGCCUGUCCAGUGCAAACGCUGCGGGCCGCAUUCGGCAGCUUCACUUGUCAGAAGACUUAAGCCCUGGGGAAAUCCAGGAAAAUACUGUCUCUCUCCAAGCAGCCUGCUGUGCUGCACUCACUGAGCUGGCCCUCAAUGAUACCAAUGCCCACCAAGUGGUUCAGGAAAAUGGUGUAUAUACAAUAGCAAAAUUAAUUUUACCAAAUAAACAAUCAAAUGCAGCAAAAACUAAUCUACUACAGUGUUAUGCUUUCAGAACCCUGAGGUUUCUCUUCAGUAUGGAAAGGAACAGGCCACUCUUUAAAAGACUUUUCCCCACCGACCUGUUUGAGACCUUCAUUGACAUAGGACAUUAUGUUCGUGAUAUCGGGGCUUAUGCAGACUUGGUAUCACAGUUGAAUUUACUAUUGGAAGAUGAGCUGAAGCAAAUUGCUGAGAAUAUUGAAAGCAUCAAUCAGAAGAAAGCGCCGUUGAAGUACAUAGGUGACUAUGCUGUGUUGGACCACCUUGGAAGUGGAGCUUUUGGCUGUGUUUAUAAGGUUAGAAAGCGUAGUGGUCAAAAUCUCUUAGCAAUGAAGGAGGUCAAUUUGCAUAACCCAGCAUUUGGAAAGGAUAAGAAGGACCGGGACAGCAGUGUGAAGAACAUUGUUUCUGAAUUAACAAUAAUUAAGGAGCAGCUUUAUCAUCCCAAUGUUGUACGUUAUUAUAAAACGUUUUUGGAAAAUGACAGGUUGUAUAUUGUUAUGGAGUUGAUAGAAGGUGCCCCACUUGGAGAACACUUUAGUUCUUUAAAGGAAAAACAACACCUUUUCAGUGAAGAACGACUAUGGAAAAUAUUUAUACAGCUGUGCUUAGCUCUUCGGUACCUACACAAGGAGAAGAGAAUUGUUCACAGAGAUCUCACGCCAAACAACAUUAUGUUGGGAGAUAAGGACAAAGUGACAGUUACUGACUUUGGCCUGGCAAAGCAAAAACAGGAAAGCAGUAAGCUCACGUCUGUGGUGGGAACGAUCCUCUAUUCUUGCCCAGAGGUCCUGAAGAGUGAGCCGUAUGGAGAGAAGGCUGAUGUCUGGGCUGCAGGAUGCAUCCUUUAUCAGAUGGCGACUCUGAGUCCUCCCUUCUGUAGCACCAACAUGCUUUCCUUGGCUACUAAAAUAGUGGAGGCUGUGUACGAGCCAGUGCCAGAAGGUAUCUACUCUGAAAAAGUGACAGAUACCAUUAGAAGGUGCCUCACUCCUGAUGCAGAAGCCCGUCCAGAUAUUGUAGAAGUUAGUUCCAUGAUAUCAGAUGUCAUGAUGAAAUAUUUAGACAGCCUAUCCACAUCCCAGCUAGCCUUGGAGAGGAAACUGGAACGGGAGCGGAGGCGCACACAGAGAUAUUUUAUGGAAGCCAACAGGAAUGCUGUCACAUGUCACCAUGAGCUGGCUAUGCUAUCCCAGGAGACUUUUGAGAAGGCAAGUCUGAGCAGCAGCAGCAGCGGAGCAGCCAGCCUGAAAAGUGAGCUUUCUGAGAGUGCAGAGCUACCUGGAGAGGGCUGCCACCUCCCCUGCGGGAAGGAGGAGGACAGGGUCUGCGAGGAGGUGCUGUCAGAGGACAACUUCCAGCUGGAUAGUGUGGAGAAAGACGUGUAUUCUGAGCUAGAUGAUGAGCUGGACGUCUCGGACAACUGUAGCAGCUCCAGUUCGAGCCCCCUAAAGGAGUCCACAUUCAGCAUUUUAAAGAGAAGUUUCAGUGCUUCGGGAAAAGAAAGGCACUCACAGGCAAGGGACUUCAUUGGUGGGCUAGGAUCAAGACCAAGACCAGCAUCUGCAGGCAUCGCCGUAUCCCAGCGGAAAGUGCGGCAGAUCUGCGACCCCAUUCAGCAGAUCCUGAUCCAGCUGCAUAAAGUCAUCUACAUCACGCAGCUCCCUCCAGCUCUGCACCAUGAUCUGAAGAGAAGGGUUAUAGAGAGAUUCAAGAAGUCCCUGUUCAGCCAGCAGAGCAACCCAUGUAACCUGAAAUCUGAAAUUAAGAAGUUAUCUCAGGGAUCUCCAGAACCCAUAGAGCCAAACUUUCUCACCUCAGAUUACCACUUACUUCGCCAUUCACGGGCUGCAAACAACUGGUCCCCAAGUGACCUCACAGGUCCACCAAGUAGCCUUGAAGUGGAAGAGGGAAUCACAUAUGAGCAGAUGCAGAGUGUGAUUGAAGAAGUCCUAGAGGAAAGUGGCUAUUACAACUUUACAACUAACAGGUGUCACUCUUAUCCAUGGGGGACCAAGAGCUACACAGCCAAAAGAUGA